GAUUCGCCUGCCGCUCCAGUCUCGACCCCCUUUUCCCCUCAGGUCGUUUUCUGGCAGCUCGACGUCCCCGGCACGGAGACCCGAAAUACCUCCGCCAUGGAGCUGAUUUCCGGGCACAUACCGCCUCCUACCCCAGGCUGCCCGGACGAGCUUUCCUGGGCGACGACCACGACGACAUCCUCCUCUACAAGUGUCGACUCCUCGGUCGCCGUCCCCUCCCAGCCAGCGGACGGUCAGUUAGAAGGCGAUCCACAUGGAAAACAAGAUGCUCUGAACUCCGGCCGCCGUGCCAGUCAAGGCGAGUUGUAUCUGCAAGAAGCCUCGCCAAAGAUGGGCGGCGACGACACGUCCUCCCUCUCGGCGGCCAAUGGCGUAAACACGGCCAAUCAGCAAGUCAUCGCAGACUCGGCCUCGCCCAUCGCGCCAAUUACACCCGAUGCGAUCAACAAACCAGAGUCAACCCUGAAUCUUGACAUUGGUGCUCGUCGCCCACAUCCAGCUUCGCAAGGAGCCUCCGCAGAGACAGCCGUCACCGCAUCGACAUGCUCGACAGCCAAUCUUCCAGCCAUGACCCACUCGACUUCGCUCACCUCGCCAGAGACAGACCCAGGGCACAAGGGAAAAGAGAAGGCCGGGGAUGAUAGUCCGAGAGACGAUGCAUUUGACACUGCAAAUGCCGCUGCCAAUCUCGUCGCCAACCGGAAUCCCACCGACCGUGGAGCAGCUCGCGACAUCCCUCAUGUGGCAGUCUCGUCAUCAAACCGUACGAAGACCGCGCGGUCCUUUGUUAUCUCCACGGGAGCGCUCGCUCGGCGUGGUCGAUGCCAGUUUCGGUUCCCAAAGGCUCCAAUGGGAAGCCCCAGACUGCCAAAUGCUCACAUCAAUCAAGGCGGCAGGCGGCCUCCGCAUACCCGUCAGCCUCCCGCGGUACAGCAGUCCAGCACAGCUGUGCCGCUCGAAAGGCCUGUGACUAUCAACAUGGACGGAACACCUCAUGUCUUGGGCGGCUUGGUCGAGGAAUCCCUCGGCUGCAAGGGUUCGCUCUUCGCGAAACAGGUCCAAGGGGAUCCGUCGGCGCCCACUAAGACCAGAGUCUCCCGACACGAGUUCUGGUCCUUCCCGCCGCCCGACAUGGGCGAACAUAACCGUGAGUUCGCAAGGGAGCUGGAAGAGAGCCUGCCGGUUGUCGAAGGCUUUGAUGCCGAUUUUAUCGACACCUACGUCGAGCGAUAUGCUGAGCGAUCCGUGCUGUUCGCGAACGCCAUGCAAGACCUCAACGACACCCUCGACGUUGUCCUGGGGGAGUUCCUGUCCAUCAAGAAGCAGCUUUCCGAUUUGAAUGACACACGUGAAUCGAGUAUCUCAGACGCAUAUGCUAGGGUUCCGAAGCUGACCCCCGCGCAGCGAAAGAGGGUCCUUGCGGAGGUUGCUUUGGCGGAGGCGCCACUGGUCAAGGAACGGGAGGUUGUCCAGCAUGAUCUUAUGAAGCAGGUCCUCCAUGGGCGUGGUAAAAUCGCACACGCGCUCCUGUAUGACUUUCGCGCGGCCAAGGUCAUUGAAGAAUCGCGGACCCGAGCAGAACAGAGGAAAGUGGCUGAAGAACACAACACAGAACUCGGUACCGCAGGUACAAUGCUUGGGCUGCGCGGCAGUCUGAGCUCACAGGACAAUCCGACCCGCGACGCCAUUAUGCAGAACGCUCGGUUCGUCGUCAACGAGAGAAUGGGUGCCUCCAGUCGGCCGGGCCAGCCCGACGAGCCGGCCUUCAUCCCUCUCGCUUCAAACCUCGACAUUCUGAUCACCAGGGUGCCGGACUGGUUCAGCAUUCUAGAUGCCAAGGGAACUGUCGAACUGCACGGCGCCACCCCUUUGGACAGGUACAAAGAACUCAUCCAAGCCCUCGGGGAUUCGUUUGUCAUUGGAAGAGACGAAGAAGGGGCCGCUGCGGAACGGCCCGCCAGACCAUUCACAAAAGAGUUCCACGAGCCGAAUCCCGCCUGGCCGGACCCCAAGCAACGCCAAUGCGGAGGUUGGUGGACUUGUCGCAGCGGUCCUGGGGCGUCUCCUGCCGAGCUUAGUUGUAGGCUCUGCCAUCCAAAUGGCGUCGUUGGGGACAGAGAGCAGACCGCUGCUCCUCGAUCCAUAAUGGAGGAACACAAGCAUAUCCUUGCUGAGAUCGAAAAGGCGAUGGCCGAAGCCAACAAGAAGGAACAGCUGAUGCUCAAGCACCGAUUGCAGCAAGAACAAGCAGACAUCAGCUCGUCUUGGCAACAGCGCGAGCUGCGCCGUUCGGGAGGUGGUUUCAAGCCCGACGACCUGCUUAAUGGCGGGAACGUCAAUAGUUUAAACCACCGUCCAACGGCUGGUCGGUCACAGUCGUGGCCCUGUGACAUCCCGUCUCAGUCUCGGGAAAUACUUCGUGGUGCGCCAGGGGAGGCUGCAGAGUGCCCAGGCCAGAUCAAACCACCAGCCCCUUUGCACCGCCAGACCUCCUUAGCCCAGCCGCAGGAGCUUCUCGUUGGCAACGGGAAAGGGCCAGAGCUGCUCACGGCCAAGGUAACCUACGGGGCGGAUUACCUGGGUCGGACGCCGUCUCCCCAGCCAUUGCAACCACAGGUUAGUCUAUUCGGCGCCCACGAGCUGCUAGUUGGAAGGCCAGCGGAUGCGAAUCGCCCCGGGCAAGCGGCGACGUCUCAACUGCCCAUCCGUCCGGGUCCCUCCCGAGGCUGCGGACUCCGCCAGGUCGAACCGACCAACACGGAGAGCUCCGCGUCCCAGGCCGGCCGCCCUCAAGCCAGCACCCAGGAUCCCCGGAGCCACAGCCAACCGUCGCAGGCGCCCUCUCCGCGGCUCCUCCGGCCGGCAAUUCGGCGGUCGUCAACGCGUCCCGGCUCCAGAAAAUCCGUCACUUUCAGGGAUUGAGGGGUUUUUCUUCUUUUCUUCGCUGUCUCUUUCCAGCUACGCCUUCCUUCUUGCGUUCUUUUCCUCCUU